UGCAAGGUUUCCCUUAUAUUAUGCCCACCGAUCACCACUCCACAGUCCACACCACACCACACCAAGACGAACAAUGGCCAUCCCACUGCUGCCCCCCUCCCAGCUCCUUUCCAGCCUGCCGCAGCAAUGGCAGCUCGGCCUCCUGGCCCUCCUCCCUCUCCUGGCGCUGUCGUCCUUCCUCCUCCUGACGAGCAGGAGCAGUGGCAGCUCUGCCACGGCCAAGAAAGGGGAGCGGCUGCCGCCGGGCCCCGUGCAGCUGCCGGUCCUGGGCAGCCUGCACCUGCUGGGCCCGCUGCCGCACCGGAGCUUCGGCGAGCUGGCGCGGCAGCACGGGCCCGUGAUGCUGCUGCGGCUGGGCACGGUGCCGACGGUGGUGGUGUCGAGCGCGGAGGCGGCGCAGGAGGUGAUGAAGGCGCACGACGUCGACUGCUGCAGCCGGCCCGUGUCGCCGGGGCCCAAGCGCCUGUCCUACGACCUCAAGAACGUGGCCUUCGCGCCCUACGACGAGUACUGGCGCGAGAUGCGCAAGCUCUUCAUCGUCGAGCUCCUCAGCAUGCGCCGCGUCAAGGCCGGGUGGUACGCGCGCGAGCAGCAGGUGGACAAGCUGAUCGGCAACCUGACGCGGUCGGGGCCGAAGCCGGUGGCGCUGAACGAGCACAUCUUCGGCCUGGCCGACGGCAUCAUCGGCACGGUGGCGUUCGGUAACAUCUACGGCUCGGAGCAGUUCGCGCACAAGCAGCACUUCCAGCACGUGCUCGACGAGGCCAUGGACAUGAUGGCCAGCUUCUCCGCCGAGGACUUCUUCCCCAACGCCGCCGGCUGGCUUGUCGACCGCCUCACGGGCCUCGUCGCCCGCCGCGAGCGCAUCUUCAAGGACCUCGACGCCUUCUUCGAGAGUGUCAUCGACCAGCACAUGGACCCCGCGCGCGCCAAGCCUGAGAACGGCGGCGACCUCGUCGACGUCCUCAUCAACCUUUGGAAGGAGCACCGUGGCACGCUCCGCUUCACCAGGGACCACGUCAAGGGCAUCAUCUUGGACACGUUCCUUGGUGGGAUCGACACGAGCUCGGUGACGAUGCUGUGGGCGAUGUCGGAGCUGAUCCGGAAGCCGCGGGUGCUGAAGAAGGCGCAGGACGAGGUCAGGGCCGUUGUGGGCGACAAGGUGCGGGUGGAGCCGGGCGACGUGCCCAAGCUCACGUACCUCAAGAUGGUCGUGAAGGAGACCCUGCGUCUGCACCCGCCGGCGACGCUGCUCCUGCCGAGGGAGACCAUGCGGCACAUCAAGAUCUGCGGGUACGACGUGCCGGCGAAGACGCGCAUCUUCGUGAACGCGUGGGCCAUCGGCAGGGAUCCGGCGAGCUGGACCGACGCCGAGGAGUUCAACCCGGACAGGUUCGAGGCGAGCGACGUGGACUACAACGGGGCGCACUUCGAGCUGGUGCCGUUCGGGGCCGGGCGGCGCAUAUGCCCGGGGCUGGCCAUGGGCGAGACCAACGUGCAGUUCACGCUGGCCAACCUGCUCUACUGCUUCGACUGGGCGCUUCCGGAGGGGAUGGCGGCGGAGGACGUGAGCAUGGAGGAGGCCGGCGGGCUCACCUUCCACCGGAAGACGCCGCUCGUGCUGGUGCCCACGAAAUACCAGCAGCGCGCGGUGUAGCAGCAGCACUCAGCAGUAGUAGUUGUCGAUCGAGUAUUUUUUUAAUAAGCGCGCGAGACGUGCGUAUGCCUUGCAGCAGCAGCUAUUGCAUUGUUGACAUGUACUCUGCUCUAAUUUGCCCUCGGUUGCAGUUUCAGUCGAAGCUUGUAGUAUUCCCAGUCCCAGUUCGCGUUGAAGAUUAUGUGCUCAAUUCAUCCUUCA